GGUGGCCAUUUACCCUUCCCCUUCCACAGACUCGGCACCCGCUCUCCUCCGUCAGGUGUUUGGCCGCGUUUGUGAGAGGGCUGAGCUCGGUGGGAAUUGUUGGUCUGUGAGAUCCUACUCUUUUUCUCCAUCUGCAUUUGCUGUGGGAUUAUUUUGCAUACGAGAGGACUUGUAAGUGUGCCAAGUUCUGGAAUACUGUUUGCGGAUUCCGACCAUACUUGUUGUACAUUUCCGAAAGUCUAGGGGGAAGAGUGAUAAAGGAAAGGUCGUUGUGCCGAUAAAUGAAUGGGAUUCGGUGUAGCUGGAAAGGAAGACGUUAUAUACAGUUUUGGUGAGACUAAUCGUUACGUGCCAUUCGCAUGAUGUGAAAGUAAUGCACGCUUUCCCGCCCAAGGUCACUCAGUCUGUGUUGCGACAGGUGCCAGAUAUUUGCUUGGAUCACUACCAAAAAGAGAAGAUUUGUCAUCAUACUUAACCGUUAUAAAACUGUGCAGGACCUUAGUGAAACGAGCAACUUGAAGCUGAUUUUGAACAACUGUGGAUGAUUCAACAAUAUUGCACAAUGCAACUUCGCUCGCGAGAGGAUGUUAGUGGCCGAUAAAGGAUUGAGGAAAGAUUGUUUAUUUUCUGUCAGAAGUUCUGCGCCUUUCUAGGUUCCUUGCACUUGAGUUUCUAUCUCGAAUCCCUCCGUCAGCGCCUUCAGCCAAGAUGGGUUGCACCGGGAGCGUCAUGGGAGUGUCCGACGAGUUCGAGACGCAUCCCUCCACCACGCGGAUGCCCUCCAACACCUUCCCCGGCCACGACAGGCAGGUGGACCCGGCGACGACCGACCUCGACGAUGCAAAGAACGACGGCGAUGCUGUGUCGACGAUCAGCAACGGGAAAAUCGGGGCUCUGAAUGAGGGUUCUGGCGCGCAGAUGACCCUUCUCAAUGACGCCCUUGGGGGCAAGCAGGACAACAGGCCGACUUCGGCCAGGUCAAGCAAGUCGAGAACUCCCAGCAGGACCUCGAGCUCUGCCAAGUCGAGGUCGAGCCGUUCUUCGAAAUCCGCCGGGUCGACGAGGCCGGCGUCGGCUGCGGAACUCCACACAAAGCUCCCCGGGUCCAUAUCAGAGGAUGAGAAGGAGGAGGAAAAAACGAAGGAGGAAGCUAAGCCAGAAGUGAAGACAGAUUUCAGCAAGGAACCUCUCAAAAAGGCUGAAGACAUGAUCAUAAAGCCUACGGCACUUGCGGCUCCAGAAAGCGCAGAGAAUGAAGGCGUGACUGACGCCAAUGACAAGAACACGGAAAUGGCCGACAGAGUGGCUUCCGCAAAGUCAACGAAAUCCAGAGAUUCGGCCAAGAACUCCCCAGAAACAUUACCCGGAAACGAAGAAGCGAAAACCGAGGAUAACAUAACAACUGGAAGCGGAACACAGGAGACUGAUGGACCUGCACCACCAACAGAAAACGGAGAACCGAAACCUGAUGAAAUCCACUCAACAGAAAACGAAGACCCGGAAAUCGGAACUUCAGGAAAGGAUGUCGACCUCACCACGUCUCUAGAAGAAGUCAAAAAUGAAGACGUCAAAACCGAAGUGUUGUCAGAGGCCGCUCCUCAACCAGAAGCAGAGAUACUCGAGACCGAAAUAGAAGAUACCGCAAAAAUAGCAGAAGAAAUCGGGUCGCCGCAAGCAGACACAUCUGUUGGUGAAGAAUCUAAAGGAGACACGGAGACGCAGAACUAAAGAACACGAUAGAACAGGUAUUAUAGCUCGCACGACACUGACCCCAAACCGGGUCACGUGACGCUGACCUAAGACCAGGUCACGUGACGCUGACCUAAGACCAUGUCAUGUGACACUGACCUGAAACCAGAUUACAGGAGACUGAUUUAAGACCAUAUCACGUGACACUGAACAAAAGAUUAGGUCAUGUAACACUGACCUAAGACCAGGUUACGUGACCCUGACCUAAGACCGGGUUAUGUGACACUGAACUAAAACCGGGUCCCGUGACACUGAAUUAAAACCGGGUCACAUGACACUGAAUUAAAACCGGGUCACAUGACACUGAUCUAAAACCGGGUCACGUGACACUGACCCAAGACCGGGUAAUCUACAGUGACUAUAACCCCUAUUGCGAAAUCAGAUCAACAGAUAAACAGGUGAUUACAUGGAUAGAGAGAUAUAUAAAUUCAAAUAAGAGACAGACAAAUAGACGAGCAAAUGAGGAGUUUAGAGAUUAAUUUUAAGAAGAAAAAUAAACAUGUUAAAGGAUAUUAUAUAAAUAAGGACAAUCACCCAACACA